CAUCUUCAUUUCUGUACCAGUGCUGGUCAACUAAGCAUCGUUUCGGAAAGGCUGUCCCGCUCAGCUGUACACUCGAUAACAAGGAACUGUUAAUCGCGAAAAAUGUGCAAAUAUAGCAACGGAUUGUUGUUAAUUGCAAUCACAACUAGCAUAAGUCUGGUGUGCGGUCUGCCGGUGUUAUCCUAUGACGAUGAUUACGACAGCGGGGAGAACGAUUACGAUGUGAUCUUCGAUCAGCGCCAGAACGGAACUGAGAAUGUGCGUCUUUCCGUUGACGGAAUUGUGAUUGCCGUUCCGGCACCGCCCAGUCAGGCAGACCUCACAGCUUUGGCGGGAUCUACCUUGUUGCACAUUCUCGGCUCGCACAUGGCUUCCCUGGAUGCAGAUAGUUCGGAAGAGGAAGUCAGUACAUCGACCACCACCACGAGUACCACGACGACGACCACAGCUGCGCCGCUGCUUUUUGAAGAUCAGUUCAUCCCGGUGAACCUGUUAGGCCAAGGAUUGUCGUUCCUGUUCAACAAAGGGGUUGAAGUUCCGAUUAAGAUAGCUUCGGGUCUCAAACCGCUCAGAGCCGGUAAACCAGACUAUAUUUUAAUGGGCGAAGAAGACAAGGAGAACGAUGCACAGGAUGCGAUGGAUACAGUUUCCGGUGGACACAAAUCGUCGAAGCAUAAGCGAAGGUACAAGUUGAAAGUGGCUAAUGCUUUAAAACCAUUGCUGCGAAAGACUUAUGUGGUUUGAUUAACUAUGACUGCAACCAUUUGUGAUAGGUUUGAAUUGAUAAGACUUUACACCAUAUAAUACAUAAUAUAUAAUACAGAAAUAUAA